AAAGCUACCCUGUUGCUCGCUGCCGGCUCUGUUUGCCGGGGUCUCUGGCCAUCCCAGACCAGAGGUGUGGGCUGGGGAGCCUCCCGGUGACCUGCCCAGUCCAGGUUCCCUCAGCCACUCUGCCCCAAGAUGGGCCGUGGGGCCGGCCGCGAGUACUCCCCAGCAGCCACCACUGCGGAGAAUGGGGGUGGCAAGAAGAAGCAGAAAGAGAAGGAGCUUGACGAGCUGAAGAAGGAGGUGGCCAUGGACGACCACAAGCUGUCCUUGGAUGAGCUGGGCCGCAAAUACCAAGUGGACCUAUCCAAGGGCCUCACCAACCAGCGGGCCCAGGACAUUCUGGCCCGGGACGGACCCAACGCCCUCACCCCACCCCCGACAACCCCCGAGUGGGUCAAGUUCUGCCGCCAGCUCUUCGGGGGCUUCUCCAUCUUGCUGUGGAUCGGGGCCAUCCUCUGCUUCCUGGCCUAUGGCAUCCAGGCCGCCAUGGAGGACGAACCAUCCAACGACAACCUCUAUCUGGGCGUGGUGCUGGCUGCUGUGGUCAUCGUCACCGGCUGCUUCUCCUACUAUCAGGAAGCCAAGAGCUCCAAGAUCAUGGAUUCCUUCAAGAACAUGGUGCCGCAGCAAGCCCUGGUGGUGCGGGAAGGAGAGAAGAUGCAGAUCAACGCAGAGGAGGUCGUGGUGGGGGACCUGGUGGAGGUGAAGGGCGGGGACCGUGUGCCCGCGGACCUCCGGAUCAUCUCUUCUCACGGCUGCAAGGUGGAUAACUCAUCCCUAACCGGCGAGUCCGAGCCCCAGACCCGCUCCCCCGAAUUCACCCAUGAGAACCCCUUGGAGACCCGCAACAUCUGCUUCUUCUCCACCAACUGCGUGGAAGGCACGGCCCGGGGCAUCGUGAUCGCCACGGGGGACCGGACGGUGAUGGGCCGCAUAGCCACCCUGGCCUCGGGCCUGGAGGUGGGGCGGACGCCCAUCGCCAUGGAGAUUGAGCAUUUCAUCCAGCUGAUCACGGGGGUGGCCGUGUUCCUGGGGGUCUCUUUCUUCGUGCUCUCCCUCAUCCUGGGCUACAGCUGGCUGGAGGCCGUCAUCUUCCUCAUCGGCAUCAUCGUGGCCAAUGUGCCCGAGGGGCUGCUGGCCACUGUUACCGUGUGUCUGACCCUGACAGCCAAGCGCAUGGCGCGCAAGAACUGCCUCGUGAAGAACCUGGAGGCCGUGGAGACGCUGGGCUCCACGUCCACCAUCUGCUCCGACAAGACAGGCACCCUCACCCAGAACCGCAUGACCGUUGCCCACAUGUGGUUCGACAACCAGAUCCACGAAGCGGACACCACGGAAGAUCAGUCCGGGGCCACUUUCGACAAACGAUCCCCCACGUGGACGGCACUGUCUCGGAUUGCCGGCCUCUGCAACCGUGCUGUCUUCAAGGCCGGGCAGGAGAACAUCUCUGUGUCUAAGCGGGACACGGCGGGCGACGCCUCCGAGUCAGCCCUGCUCAAGUGCAUCGAGCUGUCCUGCGGCUCCGUGCGGAAGAUGCGGGACAGAAACCCCAAGGUGGCGGAGAUCCCUUUCAAUUCCACCAACAAGUACCAGCUGUCCAUCCACGAGCGAGAGGACAGCCCCCAGAGCCACGUGCUGGUGAUGAAGGGGGCCCCGGAGCGCAUCCUGGACCGCUGCUCCACCAUCCUGGUGCAGGGCAAGGAGAUCCCUCUGGACAAGGAGAUGCAGGACGCCUUUCAGAACGCCUACAUGGAGCUGGGCGGGCUGGGCGAGCGCGUGCUGGGGUUUUGUCAGCUGAAUCUGCCCUCUGGGAAGUUUCCGCGGGGCUUCAAGUUUGACACGGACGAGCUGAACUUCCCCACGGAGAAGCUCUGCUUCGUGGGGCUCAUGUCCAUGAUCGACCCUCCCCGGGCUGCCGUGCCGGAUGCCGUGGGCAAGUGCCGCAGUGCGGGCAUCAAGGUGAUCAUGGUGACCGGGGACCACCCCAUCACAGCCAAGGCCAUCGCCAAAGGUGUGGGCAUCAUAUCAGAAGGCAACGAGACUGUGGAGGACAUCGCGGCCCGGCUCAACAUUCCCGUCAGCCAGGUCAACCCCAGAGAAGCCAAGGCGUGCGUGGUGCACGGCUCGGACCUGAAGGACAUGACGUCGGAGCAGCUGGACGAGGUCCUCAAGAACCACACGGAGAUCGUGUUCGCGCGCACGUCCCCGCAGCAGAAGCUCAUCAUCGUGGAGGGCUGCCAGCGGCAGGGGGCCAUCGUGGCGGUGACCGGGGACGGCGUGAACGACUCCCCUGCGCUGAAGAAGGCUGACAUCGGCAUCGCCAUGGGCAUCUCGGGCUCCGACGUGUCCAAGCAGGCCGCCGACAUGAUCCUGCUGGACGACAACUUUGCCUCCAUCGUCACGGGCGUGGAGGAGGGCCGCCUGAUCUUCGACAACCUGAAGAAGUCCAUCGCCUACACCCUGACCAGCAACAUCCCCGAGAUCACGCCCUUCCUGCUGUUCAUCAUCGCCAACAUCCCCCUGCCGCUGGGCACCGUGACCAUCCUCUGCAUUGACCUGGGCACUGACAUGGUCCCUGCCAUCUCCUUGGCCUACGAGGCUGCGGAGAGUGACAUCAUGAAGCGACAGCCGAGGAACCCCCAGACGGACAAGCUGGUGAAUGAGAGACUCAUCAGCAUGGCCUACGGACAGAUUGGGAUGAUCCAAGCCCUGGGCGGCUUCUUCACCUACUUCGUCAUCCUGGCGGAGAACGGUUUCCUGCCGUCGCGGCUGCUGGGAAUCCGUCUGGACUGGGACGACCGGUCCAUGAAUGACCUGGAGGACAGCUAUGGGCAGGAGUGGACCUACGAGCAGCGGAAGGUGGUGGAGUUCACGUGCCACACGGCCUUCUUUGCCAGCAUCGUGGUGGUGCAGUGGGCCGACCUCAUCAUUUGCAAGACCCGGCGCAACUCCGUCUUCCAACAGGGCAUGAAGAACAAGAUUCUGAUUUUCGGGCUGCUGGAGGAGACGGCGCUGGCGGCCUUCCUGUCCUACUGCCCGGGCAUGGGCGUGGCGCUCCGCAUGUACCCGCUCAAGGUCACCUGGUGGUUCUGCGCCUUCCCCUACAGCCUCCUCAUCUUCAUCUAUGAUGAGGUCCGGAAGCUCAUCCUGAGACGGUACCCUGGGGGCUGGGUGGAGAAGGAGACCUACUACUGAGCUGUCCGAGGAAGACCAGGCUCCAGGCCGGGGGCGCCUGGAGGCGGUGCGGGGAUGGUGAUGCAGAGAAGACGGGGUGCUGGGGGAGAGUCGGGGGAGGGACAGAGAGGCCACUCGACGGGCUCAGUGGGGAGGAGUGGGUGAAUAAGCUCAGAGCCGUUGCCCUGCAGACGCAACUGAGAACAAUCGGAGAGACACCACAUGCCGGGGUCCUUCCCAGUUCCGGCUGCACCCUGUCCACUUUUUCCGAGGAACUGAGGGUCACCCAGCACCCACCACCCACUGUCUGCCCCUGCACACCCACCUCCCACUAGAACAGAUCAACACCCAAAGGCAGGGACCUAUCUCCACCAGGAGGAAGAGACGAUCAGAUCCCCCGCGUCCUUUGAUCUCCGGCCUUACCCCACUGUCACGGCACCUCUGCUCCCUGCCCGACUCUGCCCCUGCUCCCCACCCGACUUUGCCCCUGCUCCCCCUCGAGAUCAGACACAGCUCCUCCUGGUGAGUGCCAGGCGUGGGGCCGGAAAGGGAAGCUGCGCAGAAGGCGGCAUCCCCAGGCAAGCCUGAAUGG